AUGUUCUGGCGGAUCGUCUUCCUCUGUCUCGCCCUCUCCGUCGCCGCUGUCCUCGUCUCGAGGCUCAUCGCCGCCCACCUGCCGGCACGGCACCGUCAUCCCCACAUCGUCUUCCCGGUUCGCGUAGAGCCUAGGUCGUACUUCGCCAACGAGCGGACGAUGCUUUUGUGGUUCGAGAUGGCCACAAUCCUGACGGUGCUCGGCGCCGCGCUGCAGGCCUCUCGCAACUCGUUCGCCAUCCAGUCGGCGGGCCUCGCCCUUAGCAUCCCAGCCGCCGCCAUCGUCGUGCACGCCUUGCGAAUGUACGUGCUGCGCUUCAAGUCGCUCGAGCGCAAGUCGCCGCGCCACUUUGAGGAUGGGAGCGGAGCCCUCUGGAUCGUGGCGCUGCUCACCGGGCUGGUCGUCUCUAACGUGGCCGUCGGUGUCCUCACAUGGCAGAGGCAGGGGCCGGGCGAGGCGUUGCGGCGCUUUGUCGGCUGGCCAAUCAACGCCACGGGCGUACUCGCAGGGCACUAGCGCCACGAGCAGCCCAGACGGCCUCGGCUGGCGAGGCGGGGGCGACAGGUGGCUGAGCAAGCGUAAAAAAUCAGAUAAGAGGGGUGGAGGCGUGACCGUGAGUGUCACGCGUCUCAGUUGUGGCAUGUGGGGGGUUGUGGCUUGUGUGCUUGUGGUCGUAACUUUUUUAUGUAGGUGACCAGUCGCCA